AAUUUUAAAGUAAGUUCCUUAAAAGCUUCGAUCCGGCAACCCCCCAAAACAGAUGAUGAGUCCGCUGUUGCAGAUAACGCAUAUUUACGUGACGCUGUUUUAACCGCACGCGAUUUUAUUGCUGUUAUUUACUCUGAUACGGAAAAUCGACUUGAAAGUGAUAAUGCGAAUCGAAUUGGAAGACUCUAGGUUUUAUUGGGUGGACAAGGCCACCUACAGCAACGCCGAGAAAUUGUACCACCAAUUACGCCAGAUAGAAACGGAAAAGAGAAAUGUCCCUUCUUGCUCCGCCCCCAUUGCAGUUCCAAGGCCCUUGCCCACCCCCGCACCCACUAAGAAGAGCAAAAAGAAAAACAAGGCGAUGGCCGAGAAGGAUAAUCCGAACAAACUGCUUUACAUGAAUCCCCUGACCAUGGAGGCAAACUUCUUUUUGGAAACUCUGACGGCAGUGAGUCAGAAGAGUGGCACCCCGCAACUAGAUCCGUAUCUGACCAAGCUUCUGGAGCGUAUUGUUGUCGGUAUCGAAAAAUAUCUGGACCGGAAUCCGACCUACGUGUUGCCCCGGGAGCCGGCUGCCUCGGUCGAGGGAGUGGUCUUUGUCCAGCCCAAAGAGCUGCAAACGAUCAAGCGUACCUUCAGUUGCAGCGCCUGCACCAAUCGAAUCGUCGGUACUACUAUCGCCAAGGCGGUGGCACAUUUGUCUGAAAAUCAUCCAAAUCCCAAUCCCAACAAUCAACCGAUCCCAAAUCAGCAGCAACAGCAACAACAGCAACAACAGCAACAACAACAAACAAAGCAAGAGAAAAAAAAAGUCCAGGUUAAGGCGCGUCAGGAAAUGGUGGUGCAGCUACCCAAGAAGGCCAAGGCCAUGAUUGUGGGAGAGAUAACUAAUGUGUUUAAAGACAAGUACCCUAUAGCGGACAAGCUGAAAGUGAUUCCCGAGUACAACGUUAUUGAGCAGGAUUUGUGCAAACUUUUGUCGCCGGCGUUUCCGGCCCAACAGCUGCGUAUCUACAAAUUUGGUUCCCGUAUUACAGGCAUCGGAACGAGGUCCUCCGAUUUGGAUGUAUUUGUAGACAUUGGAAAUACAUUUCAUAUAUUCGAGCACCGCGCCUCAAAGGCCACGAUUAGCAAGCUACGGGCGAUGCGACCCGUUUUUUGUGGCAGUGACGAUUGGCGCAUUAUAAAUGUCAUAGAGCAGGCUCGUGUCCCGAUAAUCAAGACCUGCCACUUGCCAACCGGGAUCGAGUGCGACAUUUGCCUCAACAGUCUGGGCUUCUGCAACACGAAUCUGUUGAAAUAUCUGUUCGAAUCACAGCCACUAACUCAAUACAUGUGCAUCUAUGUGAAGAACUGGUUGGAGCGCUGCAAGCUGACGGAGCAGAUCUCAACGUACAGUAUUACUCUGAUGGUUAUCUACUUCUUGCAGUUGCAGCGUUUACUGCCUCCCAUCACGGCCCUGCAACAGGAUCAGUCCUUGAAGCAGCUCGUGGGACCUUGGAUAGUUAAUUUCACUCAGAAGGCGCCAAGUGAGCUGGGGCUGCAGCAGUUAGAGGCAACUGUGCCCGUCGUCAAAGGCUAUCUGAGAUCUUUCUUCUUGUACUAUUCGAACUUUAACUACGAGCAGUAUAUGGUCUGUCCAUAUUUCGGUCAGGGCAACAUUGAGAUCCAGAAUAUUGAGAAAGCACUGCCGAACAGAUAUUCAAGUUAUGUGUUGGAGAAUCCCGAUUGCGGAUUGCAAUUGAAAAAACCGAUGGUGGUCCAGGAUCCGAUUCAGCUCAACCACAAUGUCACGAAAGCUGUGACCCGAUACGGACUUCAGACGUUUGUGGAUUACUGCCAUCAGACGGCGGCUCUACUUUAGGAACCGUUGGCGCCAGCGAAUACUUAGCCAGAAACCAGAAUUAAAUCCCAUCCCUCCAUUCUCAAGACAGUUCUGUAGCUUGUCUGUUACGUUUUGAUAUUCUUUGUGCGGAGGACUUGUCAUCAGCCGCCACUGGUUGCUGUAAAUAAAAGUUGCUCACCAAGUA